AUGCUGUCCUCUUUCUUGUUGCUCUCCAAGUACAUCAGCGCUUCGCUGGUGUCCCUGCGCGGUUCGCGCCACCGUCUCUCCUUCCCUCUGCUGGGGGCCGUGGGGCGCCCCUGGAGGCCUCCUGGGUCAGGGGCUGAGGGCCGCCGCCGCCUGGCCGCAGCCGCGUCCACCAGGAACCCAGCGGGGCCCUCCCGGGUGCGCCAGAACUUCCACGCCGACUGCGAGGCCGCCAUCAACCGUCAGAUCAACCUCGAGCUCUACGCGUCCUACGUGUACUUGUCCAUGGCCUAUUACUUCUCCCGGGAUGACGUGGCCUUGAACAACUUCGCCCGGUACUUCCUGCGCCAGUCCCAGGAGGAGACCCUGCACGCAGAGAAACUGCUGAGGCUCCUAAACCAGCGGGGAGGCCGGAUCUGCCUGCAGGACGUCAAGAAACCCGACACGGACGACUGGAGAAGCGGCCUGAAUGCCAUGCAGUGUGCCUUACUCUUGGAAAAGAACGUGAAUCAGUCCUUGCUGGAAUUGCACGCUCUGGCCUCAGACAAGGGUGAUCCCCAUUUGUGCGACUUCCUGGAAACCCACUAUCUCAAUGAGCAGGUGAAGUCUAUCAAGGAACUAGGUGACCACGUGCAGAACUUGGUUAACAUGGGGGCCAAGAGUUCUGGCCUGGCGGAGUACCUUUUUGACAAACACACCCUCGGAAAUGAAAGCCAUCAGAAUUAA